UUCUUCUAUAGUCUUCUCUUGCUAUCCACUCAGAGAGGCUGCAUUACAGAGAAAGCAAAAAUGGCUGGUUCUGCUGUCUUGCCUGACCAAUGUUGCCAUCUUCGAUCCAUCAGCAUGCCAUCCAGAUCCCAUCCCCUUGCCCUUCAAGUUGAAGAAGAGCUGCACAAGCUAAGGACUUUUGUGGCUUCGUCCUCUUUAACAGGGCAGAUGAUUUGCAAUGGAUUAAGAGGGCUUGGAAAUUUGUACAACUGCAUCAAAGAGCUGCUUCAUCUACCACACAACCAGCAAGUCCUCUCUCAGUUCCCACACAAAAAAUGGGUAGAAGAGCAGCUGGAUGGGUCUCUCAAAUUGUUGGAUUUGUGUGACACUUUGAGGGAUAAGCUGGUUACCAUGAAAGAACAUAUUCAAGACCUUCAGUUGGCUCUCCGAAGAAGAGGUGAUGCUGCUAUUCAAAGCAAGGUGCAUGCUUACAUUCGUGCUGUGAAGAAGGCACAGAAGGACAUGAACAAUUGCUUGAAAUCAUUGAAGCAAACGGAUAACAGAUAUGUGUCUUCUUCAGCCAUCAGCAAGGAUUCUGAUCUGUCAAUGAUGGUUCAGGUAUUGACAGAAGCAAAGCAGAUUACCAUGUCUCUCCUACAAACAGUCCUAUCUAAUUUGUUCAUGGCAAGGUUGAAACCAAAGUCUAAGAGAUGGUCUCUUGUUUCAAAAGCUUUGCAUAAGAAGAAAGUGGCUUGUGAGGAGCAUGAGGAUGCAAAUGAAGCAGAAAGUACAGAUUUCUCAUUCUCUACUUCCUAUGAGUGCAUUACCUGCAAAGAUGGUAUGAAGGUACAAAAGGCACAAGAGCAGUUGGAGGGUUUGGAGUUCACCAUUGAAGAUUUUGAGACUGCAUUGGAAUGCCUAUUCAGGCAACUAGUCCAAAAUAGAGUCCCUCUUCUUAACAUCCUCAGCCUGAGAGGCUUCACUACAGAGGAAGCGAAAAUGGCUGGUUCUGCUGUCUUGCCUGACCAAUGUUGCCAUCUUCGAUCCAUCAGCAUGCCAUCCAGAUCCCAUCCCCUUGCCCUUCAAGUUGAAGAAGAGCUGCACAAGCUAAGGACUUUUGUGGCUUCAUCCUCUUUAACAGGGCAGAUGAUUUGCAAUGGAUUAAGAGGGCUUGGAAAUUUGUACAACUGCAUCAAAGAGCUGCUUUAUUUGCCACACAACCAGCAAGUCCUCACUCAGUUGCCACACAAAAAAUGGGUAGAAGAGCUGCUGGAUGGAUCUCUCAAAUUGUUGGAUUUGUGUGACACUUUGAGGGAUAAGCUGGUUACCAUGAAAGAACAUAUUCAAGACCUUCAGUUGGCUCUCCGAAGAAGAGGUGAUGCUGCUAUUCAAAGCAAGGUGCAUGCUUACAUCCGCGCAGUGAAGAAGGCACAGAAGGAUAUGAACAAUUGCUUGAAAUCAUUGAAGCAAAUGGAUAACAGAUGUGUGUCUUCUUCAGUCCUCAACAAGGAUUCUGAUCUGUCAAUAAUGGUUCAGGUAUUGACAGAAGCAAAGCAGAUUACCAUGUCUCUCCUACAAACAGUCCUAUCUAAUUUGUUCAUGGCAAGGUCGAAACCAAAGUCUAGCAGAUGGUCUUCUGUUUCUAAGGCUUUGCACAAGAAGAAAGUGGCUUGUGAGGAGCAUGAGGAUAUAAAUGAAGCAGAAAGUUCAGAUUUCUCAUUCUCUACUUCCUAUGAGUGCAUUACCUGCAAAGAUGGUGUGAAGGUACAAAACGCACAAGAGCAGUUGGAGGGUUUGGAGUUCAACAUUGAAGAGGCAUUGGUUUAUAAGCAAGAGGACUCCAAGGACCAAAGCCAAAGCGUCAUCCUUCUCUCUCUAGUUUCCUCUUCUGAUACAACAGUGAAGCCACAGCCAAAAAAAGCAAUAAUGGCUGCUGUGGUGCCAGAACAAUGCUUCCAUCUUCGAUCGAUCAGCAUGCCAUCCAGAUCCCACCCCCUAGCCCUCCAAGUUGAAGAAGAGCUGCACAAGCUAAAGACUUGUGUAGCUUCAUCCUCUUCAACAAGCCAGAUGAUUGGAAAUGCAUUGAGAGGGCUUGGAGAUUUAUACAACAGCAUUGAGGAGCUUCUUCACCUGCCACACAACCAGCAAGCCCUCUCCCAUCUCCCACAGAAGAGAUGGCUGGAAGAGGAACUGGAUGGGUCUGUGAGGUUGUUGGACUUGUGUGGUGCCACAAGGGACAGCCUGGUUACAAUGAAAGGACACAUCCAAGACCUUCACUUGGCUCUUCGAAGGGGAGGAGACGCAGCUAUCCAAAGCAAGAUGCAUGCUUACAUCCUCUUUGGUAAGAAGGCACAGAAGGAUCUUAAGAAUUGCCUGAGAUCAUUGAAGCAAACUGAUAACAGAUCUGUGUCUCCUUCGGCAGUCAACAUAGAUUCUGAGCUACUGAUGGUGGUUCGGGUAUUGACAGAAGCAAAGGAGAUCAACAUUUUUCUACUGAAAUCGAUCUUAUCUAAUUUGUUCAUGGCAAGGUCGAGACCAAAGGCUAGUAGGAGGUCUUUUAUUUCAAAGGCUUUGCAGAAGAAGAAAGUUGAUUACGAGGAACAUGAAACUACAAGUCACUUGGAGGCAUUGGAAGUCACCAUUGGAGAUCUGGAGACUGGAUUAGAGUGCCUGUUCAGGCGACUAGUCCAAAAUAGAGUCUCCCUUCUCAACAUCCUCAGCCUAUAAAAAUCAUAUUAAACUUUGUUACUGUACAGACACUGUUAUUUUAUCAGAUUUUGAAGGAUUUGCUAGUGACUUGUAAUUGAUCCAGUUUUGUAGAUGAGUU